CGUCCUCCAGCUUAUGGUGUGGAGUACCAUCUUCUAUCCAUUGAUUCCAUUCUCUCUUCGCCCUUCGCCCUUCGCCGAACUCCUCAAACGUCUCUUCUGUAGCACUCAGAGAAGGUCCUCUUUGAAUAUCUCCAAAGCCGAUGAACCCAGGAACCACUGGCAGGAUGGGAACUAGAAGAAAUUGAUGCCAACCAAGGUUGCUGAGUAUGGAAGAAGAAGUUUCCCAAGGAUUAAAGUUGGAUAGAAAAUCAUGCAAAAAUUAUUGUGAUCAAUCUAGAAGGAUGAAAAUAUAAUAAUAAGACAUUAUUAACAAAGAAUUUACUUCUUCAAAAAUGGUGCACGGCAUGUUAAUGGGAGCUACAACAACCACUGGAAAUAGUAGGUUAUAUGGAACUGCCCUUCUUAGGGGAAGUGAUUGCAAAUCUGUGAAUAAAACCCAUAUUGCCUCCCAAGGUAGAAGGCAACACUGUUGGGGUCCAUAUGUCAUGAGACAUUUCCUGCCAAAUAACUGCAAUCUACCAAGACAAAGUGGAUUGAAAGUUGAAGCUGGGUGGCUUUUUAAUAGAAGUGACCAAGAAAUGGAUGCAAGUUCAGAGCGCAGUGAGAGUGCUAAUGAGGACAUUUUAGUUUUCUUUUUCCAGCUUGACUUAGCAACUCGAGUACAGUAUGCUUUGAAUUUGGAGCAGUAUGAUGUUGCACAACAAUUAAGAAACAAACUCACUGAGGUUGAAGAAGAGAUUGUCAGGCAGCGGGAUGCUAAAAGGGGUUCAACCUCUAAGACUGAAGCUCAGGACAAGGCCAUAAGUAUUCUACGUUUGCGUGCUGACAUGCAGGAAGCAAUUGAGAGUGAGAACUAUGCUGUAGCUGCUGAAUUGCGAGAUGAAAUUUCAAAAUUGGAGGCAGAAUCUCUGGCUGCAUCAGCAAAAGCUCUGGCAUAUGAGAAUGCACAGUAUGCGUUUCGUUUAGGACAGAAAGUGAGGCAUAAAAUAUUUGGCUACCGUGCUGUGGUUUGUGGAAUGGAUCCUGUUUGCUGUGAAUCAAGUUCAUGGAUGGAAAUUGCACAAGUUGAAAAGUUGCCUCGGGGGUCCAAUCAACCAUUUUAUCAGGUCUUGGUUGAUGUACAUGUUGAUCCUAACCUCCUUGUGGCUUAUGUUCCUGAGGAUAACUUAAUAGCCUUUGAUCAGCCAGAUAUGGACAGAUUUGAUCAUCCCUAUAUUUCGUUCCUAUUUUAUGGAAUGGACACAGCUGGAGAUUUUGUCCCAAUAAAGCAGUUGCGUGAGAAGUUCAACAGGCCCCGUCAUGAAGUGCCUGUGGAUCCACAGAAUGAAGAAGAUGGUAGAGAAGGAUGAAGGAACAGAAGUUAGAACCAUGGACUAUAUCCUGACUACAAGCCAGUGAAGCUCACCUGUAUUGUAUAUGCUCAUCUCAGUGUUUGUACAUAUAAUAUGAUGAAAGUGAAAGUUCAGUAUUACCAUAUUA